UGACGCCACUCUCUCGCGAGAUGAGACUUGUGACGUCUGAUUAGGUUUCCGGUAGGAGUCAAAUCGCUAGAGUUAGACGGUAACGGUGCUGCGGGACAAUAAAACAGCGAUUAGGACUUGCGGGACCGUUUUAAGAAAAUCGCCAUUGUUGGACGGGAGACAACUGUAUUUAAAGACUAGACAAGAUGAGUGGCUGCCGCGUGUUUAUUGGAAGACUGAGCCCUCAUGCCAGAGAGAGAGAUGUGGAAAAAUUCUUUAAAGGAUAUGGACGCAUCAGGGAAAUAAAUCUGAAGAAUGGAUUUGGAUUUGUGGAGUUUGAUGAUCAUAGAGAUGCUGACGAUGCUGUAUAUGAACUGAAUGGCAAAGUACUGUGCAGUGAGAGGGUGACAAUUGAGCAUGCAAGGAACCACAGAGGAAGAGGUGGAAUGAUGGGAGGUGGAGGAGGAGGGAGGUAUCCAAAUCGCUUUGCCUAUCGUCAGUCCAAUAGUGGUGGGAACAGAUAUGGCCCACCUGUUCGUACCGAGCACAGAAUUAUAGUAGAAAACCUCUCCUCCCGUGUCAGUUGGCAGGAUCUCAAGGAUUUCAUGAGGAAGGCUGGAGAGGUGACCUAUGUGGAUGCCCACAGAAGUAACAGGAAUGAAGGCGUUGUGGAAUUUGCAUCUUAUACUGAUAUGAAGAGUGCUUUAGAUAAACUGGAUGGGGUCGAACUGAGUGGUCGCAAAAUUAAACUAGUUGAAGAUAGUAAGAAACACAGAAGUAGAUCUAGAUCAAGAUCGAGAAGUCACUCAAGGUCUCGCAGCAAGUCGAAAUCUCGCGGCUCCUCCAAAUCUGUGAGUCGAUCCCGAUCCAAAAGCCGUACCCCUGAGAGAAAGUACUCGCAGAAAAACAGCCCUGCGGAGCCAGCACAGGGCUCAUCCCCACGCACCAAGCGCCAGUCCAGAUCAAGUUCAGCCGAUAGCCGCAAUUAAUGGCAGAUUAAAAAGAGAAACGUGAGCGAUCUGGAGGUGGAUUUCCACUGUAAAAUGUAACCAAAGUGCUUGCAUAAUGAUAAUGUAGUCUUGAUCCAGGAAACCAUUGGCUCCACCAUGCUGCUACAGCUGGAGUUCCAACGUUUGCCUGUGCUGUUUAUAACCCUGCCUGUCACCUAAACAUGAACAACACGAUAAUAACAGGUGAAAGAACCCAGUUUUGUUUUUUUGCUUUGCAAUCAAUGUAUUAGGUUUCCCAGUGAAAGUUUCUGUAUUACUGUAAAGUUUUAUUUAUUCCCUAACAUUAGAUUUUUCAGUGUGAAGCGAAACUGCAUAUUUAGUGUUGGGUUUCUCAUAUUUACGUUUCAGACGUCCCACCAUUUAGUAAGAAGUCACUCAUUUGACUAUUGACAAUAAUGUGACAUUAGCAGUACUAUAAUAAAUUUCUGACCCUGUUUAUUGAUCCAUCCAAGAUCCUUGUGUAUCUGUUGGCUUGAAUGUUCAUAAAAUGAGACGCAAGUCACCGCAUACAAGUUUGGCUCUAUAACUUUACUACGAGUGCUAGUGAUUGGCUGAUGCAAUACAUUGGUUGGAUGUUUCAUUAAUUCAAUUGAACUUUGUUUUUUUUUAAGUAGAUUAGCUACAAAUACAUUAAAAGUUUAUUAAAAUGUUGUUUUUUUUUUUUUGUUAUUCUUUAUCAAUGCUUUCUGCGAUCCACAUUUAAAGUUAAAUUUUACAGUCCCUACAUUUUCCCAUUGUGUGUAACCUUUAUCUAUGGGGAGCUCCCCCCUCCCCUGGUAAGUUUCAUUUGUUUUCUUUCAGUCUUUUAAGAUCGUUUAGGCCACAGAAAUUGGAUUUUAAUAAACACAACGUAUGUACAAAAGUA